AUGAAUAGUGUUGGAGAGGGCUGCACUGACCUAAAACGGGAAUAUGACCAGUGCUUUAACCGUUGGUUUGCUGAGAAAUUCUUGAAGGGAGAUCGAAGCGGUGAUCCCUGUACUGAAAUGUUCAAGAAAUAUCAGCAUUGUGUCCAGGUAAAUACAUUAUAUCAAACACGGACGUAUGUUGUUAGCUAGCUAUCUGCCUGCUGUUUGCUCAUCUACACCACGCAUUGAUAACUGCUGUACGACGUACUGUUAGCUUGUCAGGCUCCAGAAGUAUAUUCUUCAAAGGACUGAAACACAGAUAAAAGGGGAAACGUAGUUUGUUGUAACAAUCUUUGACUAAAGGGCAUCAUUUUAUUUAUUGGAAAUAAAUAUCCUCAUUUCAUGAAAUAGGCCUAUCCUCUCAAUCCAUUGUCUUUUUAAAUGUCAGAUGCAAGUGUCUAAUGAUACAGCUACAUAUGUUGUGCUUGGAUUUGCAGAAGGCCAUAAAAGAAAAGGACAUUCCCAUUGAUGGCGUAGAAUUCAUGGGCCCAAAUAAAGAGAAAGCUGACAGAUGA